CCGCAGAGGGAUAUUAAGACAUAGAAAAAAAACGACAAAUUUACAUAAUAUUUGAACAUAGUGAAAGUAUGGUAAAAACCACCAAAUUAGUUCCAUUGUUUAACAAACAAAAAUCAUAUAGCGUCAUCAAAUCCUUCCUAUGACGUAUAAUGAAGUAGUCAGCGCCCCCUGGUGUCGAUAACCUGACCAAUGACAACGACGACGAAGACGUCACCUUUCCGCCGGAUUACGAUUGUGUGGAUACCGAACUGUCAGCUUCGAGAGAAAAUGUCUAGCUCGAAGAUAACUACAGACAGGGAAGGUAACACAUUUCUUGAGGAACCAUCAAGGACAAAAUUGACAACCUUAGGUCAUCUCAAGGUCGGACGUCACUUCAGAGGCACACCAAGGACACAUUGGCGUCACGUGCUGCUGAAUAGGGGUCAAGGUUGUCGAGAGGGACUGUCUCACACGAUGGUUGUCAUAGUUACCGCCACCAGGUUACGGGGAGCAUCUACUGCUGACGUCACGGAGCCUAAAGCGUAUGUUCAAGGAAAUCACCAAAGUUACUGUCACCAAGAGGUUACAGAGAACACAAACUGCCAGCAUCGCUACCUAGUACCAAGACAUAUAUUGCCAUAGUUACCGUCACACGGAAGUCACAGAGAGUAAUACUGUUGACGUGCCAUGCAGUGUCGAGAGAUAAAUAUUGCUGACGUCAUUAUAGACGAUAGCAGAGCCUCGUUAUGAAUAGGGGUCAAAAACUGGGUCAGGAAAAAAUGAUCUCAUACUAAAACCACUGCCAAUAUCAUUAGUGAUAUUAUUAGUAUUACUUGUGUACUAUAGUGAAAAUUCACAUUCAACGACAUUUUCAUUAAUCCACUCAUAUCCAUCCAUUAUUUAUACACAGACGUGGAGCGUGUAACUGUUCAUGCUCAAGUUUGUGACAUCAAAAUCAAUACUUUACUUAAAUUGUUAUUUAUUAAGUUCCUUACUGUUGCAAUUACUGUUGAUAUUAAUUUUGUUACGAUAUUAGACGAUAGUUAUAUUAUAUGUUUGUUAUAUAAAAUGAUGGAAACUUUA